AUGACGAUGGUAGAAAUGACGUUAACCACAACUCAAGUCGCCAUAUCAUACAUCACCUUUGAAACAUUGUUGCUUAUAAUCAACUCAUACUUGAGUACUCAAUUUCGCAUAUCUGGGUACAGAUUGUGCUGUAUAUGGAAAGAGAACGACGGAAACAUUAAUUCUGUUGAUUACACAAACAAGUGUCACGCGCGUAUGAAGAAAUGGAUUCGACAGCAUCAGACGCUCAUCGAGUUCACUAACGGGAUCGAGCGUAUAUUCCGAAUUCAUAUCUUCUUGUAUGUGUUGCUUGUCAGCAUGUUAAUGUGUCUGGGCGCGUAUCAAAUAUUCUUUAUAGAAUCAGUUGCCACUAGAAAAAUAAUUUUCAUAGUUUUCACUAUCGGUAGUGUCGGGCAAGUGAUAUUAUUCAGUUACUCGUGUGGUAGUUUGAUAACCGAUAGCGAAGAAAUUACACUGUCAGCGUAUGCGACAUCGUUAUUCUCGGCUCCGAUGGACAAAUCUGGCAGGUUAUUGCGAAAGGAUUUGCAAAUAAUAAUGUUGAGGACACAGAAGCCCUGUUACCUGACUGCCUGCGGAUUCUUUCCUAUAUCCUUAGAAACAUCGACCAAGCUUCUCAGUACCGCGGUAUCUUACUUCACUUUAUUAAGGGAAUCCGCAAGUGCAGAUGAAAAAGGCAUUUAA